AUGAAUUUGCAGCAGACCUUUUUGAUAGCAUCUGCUCUAGCACUAACUGCCUUCUCACCGGAACUGUACCACUUUGGCCCAGAGAAGGUCUUCGCAUGCGUCUUUGAAGAGCCUAUAAUGCAGCUGCAGAAGUCUCUUAAGCAGAAGCGCUUUGCUUGGAAGGUUCAGCAUGACUUCGAAGGGAUAGCCGUCUUCCUAAUCAACCCACCAACGGCAGGAGUUAGAGUGCUCCGUCUUGGCGGUACGAGUCCGGAGAAUACUCUCCAGUUUCUCAGUGAUCUCCAACACGAGAUAGGCUUAACUACAAUGCCUUUUCGAGAGUAUUUUGAUGUCGUCGUUGCGAAUGAUCUUGAUAUCUUCUUUAUCCUCACUUUGUUCCUAGAACAAUGGUCACAAAGCGACUGUAGGUAUCAUUUGCCUCGGCUUCGAAGCCCGAGAUAUACAAGGAAGCGGCUGGUGAGCUUCGGACGAAACCUGGAUUGGGAUCUCAAGAAGGUGAAGUUCUUCAACGGCACCAAUGCUGUCAAAAUGGGUUACCACAAGAUUUACUCUAAUUUUCUUCCUGUUUCGGGCCCCUCUGAAGCCCAUUACGAGGAGGUUGCUUAUCAUGUCUUCAAGGUGGAGGAUUUUUAG